AUGAAUACAAAAGAAUAUUAUAGAAAUAAAAAUUUAAAAUUAUUAUUUUUAAAUUUUUUAGAAGCUUCAUCAUUUUCAUCUUUAUUUAUAGUUUUUUAUUUCAGUAAAAUCGAAUAUGUGACAUUAUCAAUAAUGUUAUUUUUAGGAUCAUUAUUUUUUUUUACAAGAUUAUUGGUAAUUUUAUUUCAUUUUCAUGUUGUUUGGCCAUUAUUAGUAAAUAGUAAACAUUUAGAAUAUAAUAAUUUAACAGAAAUAAAUGAUAAAUUAAAUGAAAUAAAUCUUGACUCAAAUAAAGUUCAAAUAUAUUUUAAUGGAAAAGAUUCAAAUUUUGAAAAAUAUGCAAAUAUUAGAUUAAAAAAUUUAAUUUGUAACAAAUCAACAAUAUUACCAUCAAUAGAUCAAAUUUUAAAUUAUAGUAAUAAUAGUAAUAUUAAUAAUAGUAAUAAUAAUAAUACUGAAUUUGAAAAAAAAAUAAACUAUAUAAAUAUAAAAUUCAAAUUUAAUUAUUCUUCAAAUUUAAUUCCAAAUAUUUUAGAAGAAUUUAUAAAAAAAUAUCCAAAUGAAUUAAUUUGGCCAAAUAGAGAAUUAUUUGAAAUUGAAAAAAUUGGAUUUAAUAAUAAUUAUUUAUUAUGUUGUACAAAGCCCUCAAAUUACUCUUUUAAGUUAAGAAAGGUAUUAAAUGUAAAAUCGAUUUUAUUUGGUGUUUCUUGGUUUUAUUAUUAUUUUUCAUUUUAUAGAAAUUCAAAUUUUAAUGAUAUUAUAAUAGAGAAAUCAAUUGAUUCAACUUUUCAACAAUUAUUUCUUGAUAUGGAAUAUAAUAAAAUUUUAUAUGAUAUUGGUAAACAAUUAAUUUCUGUUCAUAAUGAACAAUUUAAAACAAAACAACAAGAUGAUGAAGAAAAAAAAGAAAUAGCAAUUGUUGAUGAUUCUGUAUUAGAUAUAAAACAAAAUAUUAAAGAUUCCCUUGUAGAUAUUGUAAUUAUUGAUGAUCAAAAUUGUAAACAAAAAACAACAAUUUAUGAUUUUCCAUUAAUAGAAUCAAAUAAUCCCAUUUGUUAA